AUGCCAACGCAUGAUGAUGAUGGUAAAAUUCUUCCACAUGAGCAGAAUGAUGCUCGAGAGCGUCUAGAAAUUGAAAUUGUCACGCAAUACUCAAAGAAAAAGAAGUCGGAUGAUGUCAAAUGCUUGACGAGAUAUCUAAAUGACACAUUUAAUUAUGCUUUCGGCUAUCCUGAUUAUCCGCCAUGGACGAUCGAUGGUUUAGAAGAUCGAUUAGAAUCCAUAUGUGAACUCAUCUGCCCUUCUGAUAAAAAUUUACAUUCCAUCGAAGAGAUUUCUCAUUGUACACUUUCGAUUGCACAGGUACCAAAACAGUUACUUCCCCGACAAUCGAUUGCUCAGCAAAAUAUCUUUGUCAAGGUGUCGUACGCAUUCUCUAAAGCGAAACAAAUCUUUUCCAAACUCUAUAAUCAACGAUACUCUUGGUCAUAUAGCAAUUGCAUUUGGUUGAGUAAUUCAUACAGUCUACUUGAUGAACAUCAGAAUUAG